AACAUUCUAGGAUUAUCUCAUAUCCAUAGAAUUUUAUGAUUCUUGAUAAAAGGCCAAAAUAUCACUGGCCUUCUAAGAUAAUUAACUGUACGUGUGACAUUUUCCAGUGCAGUGGUUCUUCAAAUUCACUUUCUAAUACACAAUUAAACCACAUUUUAUUUGCUGGACAUCUGUGAGUGACUGUAGCUGUCUGUAAAGGCUAGUACAUGAGAGAGUUGACUCUGGAAGCUACUUGUCUUGUUUCAAAUCCCAGGAGCACUUUUGAGUUGUGUGACCUUGAGCAAAUUACUUAACCUCUCAAGGUCAGUUUUCUCAUUUGUUAAAGGGGGCCAUAGUGCAUUCAUAUUACCAACUACAGAACAUUGAUACAAAAAUUGAGUUGAUGAAUAUAAAGCAUCCAAUAAAUCUUAGCUGCUCUUGUAUCCAAUAGCAGUUCAAUAUUUGCUUAUCAUAAAUUAUUUUAGUGUUUAUUGGAAAAUACUUUAAAAAAAACAUUAAAAAGCAAAGUUCAUCUAUAUUCCACCAUUCACUAAAAUUUUAUAAAGAAAUAAGAGAAAGGCCACAUUUUCCAUUCUUCAUUCUCACAACACCCUUCAGUGGAACAGCUAUUAAUAGUUCAGUGUAUAUUGUUCCCAACUUUUCCCAGUGUUUAUGUAACAAAGCUGUUACUGAACGCUUAAAGAAGCAAAAUGAGCUUCAAAGUUUGCCCUGAAGGACGGAUUGUGAGAGCUACACCCAGACCAGUGAGAGUAAUACACAGGCACAAACAACCUAGUAGAUACAAGAAAUUCCAGCUGCAAUAUCGACUUGGAGAGAACAUCCUCACACUAGUUUUUAUUCUAUUUCAGGGAAUAUAUUCUACAGCCUUAUUUUGAGCAUACCGCAGUUAUAACUUCAAAGCUAGGCAAAUAUGACAAUGAGCAUUGUCACUUAGCUUGUGGUUGCUUUCACACACUAUGCUCUUUCACGCCCUAUGUCUUUGUUCCUCCGUUCUUGGCAUAAGUACUCUGACUAAUAUACCUGCCUCCCUGACUCACUCUUGAUCAUCCUUCAAGACUCAUCUCAAGAGUCACUAACUCCAGGCCUAAAUGCCCCUCCUGUGUAUCCACAUAGAGCCUGUGCUCACCUCUUACAAAAUUACUGUUUGUAGCUCUUUAUCAAAUUUAGAUGCUAUUUAAGUGUUUUAGGGUUGGGGCCAUGACUCAAUCAUCUUUGUAUCCUUAGCACUUUACAUGGUAACUAGUGGAAAUUAAGAUCAGUGUAUGUUUAUUGAACUGAACUAGCUAGCUAAUGGGGAAGUUAGCUAUUAUUAUUAUUUCUUUUAAAGAUCCUGGUUUAGGCUUCAAAUGGGGAAAAUGAAUUUAAUUCAGUUGUAAAAUUGACUUCGUUUGAAUUCUGUUCCAAGUUAAAAUAAACUUGUUCCUUAGAGGAAGUCUAUUUCUUAUAUUUGAAAGAAAAACAAAAUCCUUAACCUAAUGGUUCAAGUAAUUCUUCUCUCCCCACCUUCACAGAUUCUCACUGGAUUUCCUCACAGUCUUUCUUCAUAGAGAAAGAAGAGAUCUGAAAGAGAGAAAAUACAAGGACCAAUGCUGGAAAGAUGUUACAGUUGGGGAUUUCAUUCGCCUCUCGUGUAAUGAAGUCAUUCCUGCAGAUAUGGUCUUACUUUUUUCCACGGACCCAGAUGGAAUCUGUCACAUUGAAACUUCUGGACUUGAUGGAGAGAGUAAUUUAAAACAGAGGCGGGUGGUUCGGGGAUAUGCAGAGCAGGACUCUGAAGUCGAUCCUGAGAAGUUCUCCAGUAGGAUAGAAUGUGAAAGUCCAAACAACGAUCUUAAUAGAUUCCGAGGCUUUCUAGAACAUUCCAACAAAGAACGCGUGGGUCUCAGUAAAGAAAAUUUAUUACUUAGAGGAUGCACCGUUAGAAACACAGAGGCUGUUGUGGGCAUUGUUGUUUAUGCAGGCCAUGAAACCAAAGCUAUGCUUAACAACAGCGGACCACGAUACAAGCGCAGUAAAUUAGAGAGAAGAGCAAACACAGAUGUUCUCUGGUGUGUCCUGCUUCUGAUUAUAAUGUGUUUUACUGGUGCAUUAGGUCAUGGAAUCUGGUUAAGCAGAUAUGAAAACUUACUGUUUUUUAAUAUCCCUGAUACUGAUGGACAUGUCAUAUCACCAGUAUUGGCAGGAUUCUAUAUGUUUUGGACCAUGAUCAUUUUGUUGCAGGUUUUGAUUCCCAUUUCUCUCUAUGUUUCCAUUGAAAUUGUCAAGCUUGGGCAAAUCUAUUUUAUUCAAAGUGAUGUGGAUUUUUACAAUGAGAAAAUGGAUUCUACUAUUCAGUGUCGAGCCCUGAACAUCACCGAGGAUCUUGGACAAAUUCAGUACCUUUUUUCUGAUAAGACGGGAACCCUCACUGAGAAUAAGAUGGUUUUUCGAAGAUGUAGUGUGGCAGGCUUCGAUUACGGCCAUGAAGAAAAUGCCAAGAGGUUAGAGACAUAUCAGGAUGCUGUCUCUGAAAAUGAGGAUUUUGCAGACACCCCCAGUGGCUCCCUCAGCAAUACAACAAAACUGAGGGCCCACAGCUGCAGGACAGUUCAUAAUGGGCCUUUGGGAAGUAAACCUUCAAAUUGUCUUGCUGGGAGCUGUUUGGCUGCAGGAAAUGGAGAAGGAACCAGUGAAGUGCCUCAUUCCAGACAGGCUGCCUUCAGUAGCCCCAUUGAAACAGAUGUUGUACCGGACACCAGGCUUUUGGACAAGUUUAGUCAUAUUACACCUCAGCUCUUUACCCCAUCCGAUGAGAUGGUCCAAUAUCCACCACUAGAGACUUUAUACAUAAUCGACUUCUUUAUUGCAUUGGCAAUUUGCAACACAGUAGUGGUUUCUGCUCCUAACCAACCACGACAAAAGAUAAGACUCUCCUCACUGGGUGGAAUGCCCAUGAAGUCCUUGGAGGAGAUUAAAAACAUCUUCCAGCGAUUGUCUGUCCGAAGAUCAAGUUCACCCUCUCUUGCCAGUGGGAAAGAGCCAUCUUCUGGAGUUCCAAAUGCCUUUGUGAGCAGACUCUCUCUCUUUAGUCGAAUGAAAGUUGCUUCCCCUGUGGAGGAAGAAGUCUCCCAGAGAAGUGAGAGCACUGAGGGCUCUAGUGACUCAUCUUGUCAUAAAGAAGUAGAGAAACAACUCACUGAUGUGGGCCUCACCAAUGGCAAGGUGGAGUCCCUUCAUGGACAGCCUCUGGAUUCCAACCUGUGUUACGAGGCUGAGAGCCCAGACGAAGCAGCCCUGGUUUAUGCUGCCAGGGCUUACCAGUGCACUUUACAGUCCAGGACACCAGAGCAGGUCGUGGUGGACUUUGCUGCUUUGGGGCCAUUAACAUUUCAACUCCUACACAUCCUGCCCUUUGACUCAGUAAGGAAAAGGAUGUCCGUGGUGGUCCGGCACCCCCUUUCCAACCAAGUUGUGGUGUAUACAAAGGGUGCUGAUUCUGUAAUCAUGGAGUUGCUCUCAAUGACCUCACCAGAUGGGGCAAGUUUGGAAAAACAACAGAUGAUAAUAAGGGAGAAAACCCAGAGACACUUGGAUGACUAUGCCAAACGAGGCCUGCGUACUUUAUGUAUAGCAAAGAGGGUCAUGAGUGACACUGAAUAUGCAGAGUGGUUGAAGAAUCAUUUUUUAGCUGAAACCAGCAUUGAUAACAGGGAAGAAUUGCUACUUGAAUCUGCCAUGAGGUUGGAGAACAAACUAACCUUACUUGGUGCUACUGGCAUUGAAGACCGUCUGCAGGAGGGUGUCCCUGAAUCUAUAGAAGCCCUUCAAAAAGCUGGCAUCAAGAUAUGGAUGCUGACAGGAGACAAACAGGAGACAGCUGUCAACAUAGCUUAUGCAUGCAAACUCCUGGAGCCAGACGACAAGCUCUUCAUCCUCAAUACCCAAAGUAAAGAUGCCUGUGAGAUGCUGAUGAGCACAAUUUUGAAAGGACUUCAGAAGAAGAAUCAAGCUUCUCCAGAGCAAGCAUCAUUAAAUGAGGAUCUAUGUCAGCUUCCCACCCCCCAGGACUUGGGGCUGCGGGCUGGACUCAUUAUCACUGGGAGGACCCUAGAGUUUGCCCUGCAAGAGAGUCUCCAAAGGCAAUUCCUGGAGCUGACUGCAUGGUGUCAGGCUGUGAUCUGCUGCCGAGCCACGCCCCUGCAGAAAAGCGAGGUGGUGAAAUUGGUACGCAACCAUCUCCGAGUGAUGACCCUGGCCAUCGGUGAUGGUGCUAAUGAUGUUAGCAUGAUACAAGUGGCAGACAUUGGAAUAGGAAUCUCAGGCCAAGAAGGCAUGCAGGCUGUGAUGGCCAGUGACUUUGCCAUUUCUCAGUUCAGACAUCUCAGCAAGCUCCUUCUUGUCCAUGGGCACUGGUGUUAUAUGCGACUUUCCAACAUGAUUCUCUAUUUUUUCUACAAGAAUGUGGCCUAUGUGAACCUCCUUUUCUGGUACCAGUUCUUCUGUGGGUUUUCAGGAACAUCCAUGACUGACUAUUGGGUUUUGAUCCUCUUCAACCUCCUUUUCACAUCUGCCCCUCCUGUCAUUUAUGGUGUUUUGGAGAAAGAUGUAUCUGCAGAGACCCUUAUGCUGCUUCCUGAACUCUACAAUAGUGGUCAGAAAUCAGAGGCAUACUUACCCCUCACCUUCUGGAUCACCUUGUUGGACGCCUUUUAUCAGAGCCUGGUCUGCUUCUUUGUGCCUUACUACACCUACCAGGGCUCAGACAUUGACAUCUUUACAUUUGGAAACCCUCUAAACACAGCUGCUUUGUUCAUCAUUCUCCUCCAUCUGGUAAUUGAAAGCAAGAGUUUGACUUGGAUCCACAUGCUGGUCAUUGUUGGUAGCAUCUCGUCUUAUUUUUUCUUUGCCUUGACUUUUGGAGCCAUGUGCGUAACGUGCAACCCACCAUCCAACCCCUACUGGAUUAUGCAGGAGCACAUGCUGGAUCCAAUGUUCUACUUAGUUUGUGUCCUCACAACCUGUAUUGCUCUUCUGCCCAGGUUUGUAUACCGAGUUCUUCAGGGAUCCCUGUUUCCUUCUCCAAUUGUGAAAGCUAAGCACCUUGACAGACUGACUCCAGGGGAGAGGAAUGAAGCUCUCAAGAAGUGGAGAGAAGCUGGGGAGAUAGGUCAAGUGACAUCUCAGUAUGUUGAUCACUCAGCUGCUAAGUCAGGUAGAAGACCCAUGUCUGGCCCUUCCAAUGCCUUUGCAAUGAGGUCAGCAACUUCUUGUGCAACUGAACAAGGAAGCGUAUCUGUAUGUGAAACUGAUUUAGACUCAGACAUGCCUAAGGCCUCAGAAAUGGCUGGACCCCCAGAGGGUUAAAGAAAGCGGAAUACCCUCCUUGGAGUUGCAACUAUUCUUGCAGGUUUGGAAGAGGAACUUUGAAGAGGCACCUCUACCAAGCAAAAACAGCUUGGAUUUUUUUAAGGUAUACAAUCAUUUUAAUGGGCUUGGAAAAGCCAACAUGAUGACUUAUAUUGUGUGUUUGUAGAUACAUUUUUGACCUGGAUGGAUUUCAGGGAAGUGAAAUAUUUAAUUCAAAAUCAAAUGUGUUUAUAGAACUUUUUGGAUUUUGUAAAACAUUUAAAUUUUCUUAAAAAUGCAAACUUUUUUUUUUUUAAAGGGGGACUCGUUUGUGGUAUAUUUAUUCUACUGAGAGAUCGUCUCUGAUUCUUGGGAAAUAUUUUAUCUGAGCAGGCUCCAAUUUGAAAUUUUUUUAAGAAAUUAAGAAAAAUGUAGCUUUUAGAUUGAUUAGUUAGAGCUCCAAGAAUAUUUCCACAAGGAGAAAUGUUAUAAAUGGUUAAUUUCCAGAUAAAUUCCCAAGAUCCUUUUAAACAAUGGACCUAAAAUAGGGUAAUAAUUGCACUAUUUAAAAUACAGUUAGCAAUUGUUAUUAGCUUUUUAUUUCCUGUGGGAAGAAACCUUUGGUCUUCUGACUGAGAAGUUAGGUAAACUUCUGCUCAUUUCAGUGUUCUCUUGAGGUGGAGCCUUUGUUAGGAAGGGGCAGGAAGGAUGCUAGAAUAUAUCAGUGUUCCUCUCUCUGCUUUCAUCAGGAAAAAAAAAA